AUGCAAAAGGAUAUAAAGUUGUACCCACUUCCUGAUAUUGACGACACAUAUGAUGCCUGUCAUGAUAUUCCUAGAGUGAUUUUUGAGGACGCUAGCAUUGAAGCUAACAAGGAUGAUGUGGCUCUGUUAGACACCCUUAACGAGGAGCAACGAGCUGCAUAUGAUGAGAUUAUGUCCUCGGUUGAUACCGAGGAUGGGGGUCUAUUCUUUGUGGAUGGUCCUGGUGGCACCGGAAAGACUUAUUUGUACAGAGCACUUCUCGCUACUAUACGUAGUCAGAAAAAAAUUGCUGUGGCGACAGCUACUUCUGGUGUCGCAGCCUCAAUAAUGCCCGGUGGUAGAACUGCACACUCGCGCUUCAAGAUUCCCCUCACCAUUGAUAAUGGGGCAUGUUGCACCUUCACGAAACAGAGUGGUACUGCCAAGUUGCUUCGAGCAUCAUCUCUCAUUAUUUGGGACGAGGCUAGCAUGACAAAGAGGCAGUCCGUCGAGGCGCUAGACAAUAGUCUUCGUGAUAUAAUGGACCGACCAGAGUUGCCGUUCGGAGGGAAGACCAUGGUGUUCGGUGGAGAUUUUAGACAGGUUCUUCCCGUUGUUCGGAGAGGGUCAAGGGCUCAGGUGGUUGGUGCCUCGCUGCGUAUGUCGUACCUUUGGGAUUUCAUGCGACAUAUAAAACUGGUGCGCAACAUGAGGGCAAAGAGCGACCUGUGGUUUGCAGAAUACUUGUUGCGCGUUGGUGGAGGUUCGGAGGAGGCGACUGUUGAUGAUGAAAUUUGUCUUCCUCAUGAAAUAUGCAUACCACACACCGGAAAAGAUAGUGAUCUUGAUACUCUAAUUGAUUGCAUAUUCCCUAGCCUCAAUGCAAAUAUGUCAAGCAAAGAAUAUAUCACCUCUCGAGCGAUAUUAUCUACACGAAACGACUGGGUUGAUAUGAUUAAUAUGAAGAUGAUAGGUCGUUUCUAUGGGAAUGAAAUGGUGUACCAUAGCUUUGACCGUGCAGUGGAUGAUCCACACAACUACUACCCUGAGGAAUUCCUUAACACUUUGACACCCAAUGGGCUACCUCCACAUGUGUUGAAGCUAAAGAUUGGUUGUCGGGUCAUACUGCUUAGGAACAUUGACCCUGCGAAUGGACUUUGUAAUGGUACCAGGCUUAUCAUAAGGGGGUUCCAAAAGAAUACUAUAGAUGCAGAAAUUGUGUUGGGACAACAUGUUGGAAAAAGAGUUUUUUUACCUCGCAUACCCUUAUGCCCGUCGGACGAUGAGAUGUUCCCUUUUCAGUUUAAGCGAAAGCAGUUCCCUAUUCGGCUCAGCUUCGCCAUGACCGUUAACAAGGCACAGGGGCAAACUAUCCCUAAUGUUGGGGUAUACUUGCCAGAACCAGUGUUCUCGCACGGCCAAUUGUAUGUGGCGCUAUCAAGAGCUACGGCAAGAUCGAGCAUUAGGGUCCUAGCUAUGUCGUCUGCUGAGAAGGAUGUGAAAAAAGGAAAUAAAAAGAUCAAAACAUAA